AUGGCUUUAUUUGAAUCCACCAUCUCCCUCCCUAGCCCCAACUCUUCUCAUUUUAUCAAGCUUACUGACUCCAAUUACCUCAUUUGGCUCCACUCUGCGACACUUCUUCAGCGUCAGCUCAGCUAUUGCUCCAAACUUAUUCCCGACGCCCUCGCAUACACCUCUCUCCCGCUCCUGCCCUUGUUCCUCGCAUGCGCACCCGCCUUCAAGAUGGCAUUCAAAAGCCCAAGCUUCAUACCAACGGCACUGCUACUAAGCAUCCUGAAUGGAAUGACGCCAAGACUAAAGAGGUCAAUGCACUUCUCAAAAAUCAUACAUGGUCUUUGGUUCCUUCCUCUCCUUCUCAGAACAUGGUUGGGUGCAAGUGGUUUUAAGAUUAAAAGUCACUCUGACGACUCCAUUGAACGCUUUAAAGCCCGUCUAGUUGCCACCAUUUGCAUUGUUCUCAGUCUUGCAUUUUUUCGUGAUUGGUCCCUUUCGUCAACUUGA